AUGAAUGAAAUUCCUAAUAUUUCAGCAUGGUGUGAUGAAAUAUUGAAUCUGAUAGAUGCAAGAAAGAUAGAAUCUAAGCAUAUCAAGAAAAUAUCAGUCUAUGUUUCUGAAACCAAGAAAAAUUCAAAAUCAUCUCAACCUACUGACGAAAAUACUUUAUAUUUCAUAAACGAGUUUGCUCCAAAACUAAUAGAAAAGAUAUCUAAAUACAAUAUAGCUCCGAUUGAGAAUCCUCCACAAUUUGAUCAAAUUUUAAUCCCACUUAGCAAACUAUUUCCAUCUCAAUUAUCUCGUGAAAAUCAAAAAUAUAUCGAUGCGAUGAUGAUUAUUUUUGAAAAUUGCCGGAUUCCGUUCUUCAUGGUAAGGCAUUAUAGUUUUCUUGGUGAAAUCGAAACAAAUUUCAAGUAUUACAUAAAUUGCAUUGAAAUAUUUAAAUCGGAAAACUUUGUACAACGCGUAAAUCAACUUUGCGAAGCUACAAUUGAUAUUUAUAUCGCAAACAUAUUAUUAAGAAUCAUUCAAAUUAUGCAAAGAUACCAUCAGAUUUUUGAAGAUAUCCAUAUUAUUGAACCAUUAUUACCAAGUUUCAUCGCAUCAUGUCAAAAAUUAUCAAUUUCAGAAAUACGAUCACUGAACGAGCAAAAAUUCGAACAAGAUUUUGAUAUAAUACUAAAUAUAUCUAGUCUUUCAGAUUCUAUUCAGCCAUUACUCUCAAUUUCAGUUACAAUUAACAAUAUUAUCUUUUCUUCCGGCAUUGUUUCUAAGCAAUAUGCAGCUAUUUCAUUCAUUAAUAAAGAACUUUCAGAUCAUCCUAAAUAUGCUGAAUCUCUCUGCAAGAUUCUUCAGGAAGAAAAAUUUAUUUCUCAAAAUAUGACUUCACUUCACCAUUCAUUAGUUGACCAAUUUUGCAAGUUGAUGUCAAAAAUGGUCAACUAUGGAUGCCUUGACGUUAAAGAGAUCCUUGAUUUCUGUCAAGUAGCCGCAAAAGAGAAUCAAGUCGUACAAUCAAAUUACAUCAACUCUAUAAACAAAGUUGUUUGCAGACUAAAGCCACUUCAGCUUCAAGAAUUUCUUAUCAGAACAGCACAGUCUGAAACAGAAAUCGGGUUGAUGAUUCUCAUCGAACAGAGUAGAGGUGCACACAGCCAGACAAAGAAAGAUGUUUUCGAUAUUUUCUUUGAUAAAUUCAAAAAAGGUGACAAAAGAAAAAUAAUCAUUGACAUCAUUUGUCGUUAUGCACCGACUAGCGCAGAAUCCGUGCAAAGAUGGUGCCUUAACUCCCUACACGAGUCAAAGGACUUGGAUCUCGCUCUCCCUCUCCUCCAGACAACUAUUUCUUCAAUAGAUCCCUACACAGCCAAAGAAGUCUUCGACACAGUCGUUCUGACAAUUGAUGAUAAGUCAAUCUUGCAGUUUUCCCAACUGAUGACGAAAACUCUAAGGGCAAUGUCAGAGAUCAACAAUGAGGAGUUCAACAGCUUACUUAAACUAACAAAAAACUCGCUAAUAAAUGAUGAAACGAACUCCCAAAUAAUAUCAGACUUCAUGUUUUUGGUUGUAAAUAGGAAAAUUUCAUCUGGUUUGAUCAAACACCUCAUGGAAACUAUUUCAGAUUUCGAUGAAAUGUCAGAAAAAAUAUUUGAUUUAUUCAAGUCUUCUUUUGAGGCACUCAAUCCAAAGCUGAUGGAUUUCAAAUACAACAGGAAUCCAUACAUUACAAUUUCCGAGCUGAAUUCAAUCGAUUUGGUAUGGAAAUCUCUCUUUAAAACAGGCGGAAAAAGCUUGGCAAAGUACAUUUACAAGUUUUGCAUGAAAAAUGAAGAGAAUAUGGAAUUUUUCAUCCAAAAAGUCAUAGAGAAUAUAAAUGAAAAUGGAGCUCUCGAGACUUUGGCUUAUGUAACAAAGAAGAAUACAAGUUUUUUGUCAAAAACAGCAAAAUUCAUUCCGGAGAGUUACUUCGUAAAUGUUACAUUCAAUGGACUAUUGAAUGAGUCAUUCAGGAUACCAAAGAAUUCUUCAGCAAGAGAUAUCAAAAAAUUCCUAAAAGAAAAACUCAAAACAGCUCAAAUAUCUCUCAAAUACAACAACGAAAGUUUAGAUGAUAACUUUAUCGUGAAAAGCAAUAUAACAAUAAAUAUAAGUGGCUAUUUUGGAACGUUGAAAUCUGAGAUAAAUCCGCUUCCUAAAAUUGCUUUAUUUUAUGAUAAGAUUUUACAAAAGUUGAAGGAAGAGAAAACUUCAAAACCUGCUUUAACUGUUUUGCUCAAUUUAGAUUUGCCAAAAUCUUUUGAUUUCGACACCAGUUUUGUUAAUGAAAACUAUUUUGUUUAUUUACUGAAUUUAUCAGCAAUUUCAAAUGCGUUUUGUAUCAAAAAUAUGGUUGACAUCGUUUUUGACAAUACUAUGACAGAAGAAAACAUGCAAUUCGCACUAGAAGUUAUUUUACACUGCGCCAAAAACAACAAAAUCGAGUUUAUCCAAAACUCGCUUGAAAAAAUUGUUGAGAGAUGCCUUUCUAAUGAAGACGGCCAUAAAAACUUGUAUUUAUCAAUAAUCAAAAUAUAUUUGGAUCACGGAUUUAAGGUAACAACAGAACAGGUUUGGAAACUGACAAUUCUAGCAAUAUUCGACGAAAAUGUUGAAGUCAGAAUGACAAUUUCGGAUCUUCUCAAUCUAAUACCCGAUAAAAUAAAUUACUUGUCAAAAUUAUUGGUGAAAAGUGACAAUGAAUAUUGCACGGAAUACUUUGAGGUUUUAAUUUCUGUUUGCCGCGAAAAUGUUGAAGAACUCUACAAAACAUCAGAAACUCUUUUGUUUGAGAAAUACUCACUCAACAGGGAAGAAAAGUUUUUCGAGCAAUUGAAAUUCAAACCACCUGCAGCAGAAUUUACAAAAAGCUUUUUCUGGCUUUUCGAAAUUUUAGUCAAGACAAAAGAACCACAAAACUUAGAGGAAAUCGCUAACUUUAUUGUCUCUGAAAUUGUGUUCAAUGGCGUGACCUACUAUGAGCCUAACAGCCACAUUUUCAACAUUUUGAUCAUGUCAAUAGGCAAGAAUCCUGAAAUCGGAUCUAACAUCUUAAAAUUCCUCUCGACAUCAAACAAAAUAUUGAGAGGGCCAACUCCUGUUCCAGUUGAUAAAACUGGAUUCAGAGGCUUGAAAAAUUUAGGUGCUACCUGUUAUAUGAAUUCAACAUUACAACAACUUUGCCAGAUUGACGAAUUCGUUGACUUGAUUUUAUCUAAAAAGUUUGAAGAAAAGAGCUGGCAAGCAGAGUUCCAAUAUUUAAUUUGCAAAAUGAAAUAUUUCCCUGAGAAAGUUAUUAAUCCCUUCUAUUUCUUCAAUUUAUGGACAGAUUGGGGAGGUGAAAAAGUCUCAGCUUCUGUUCAACAAGAUGCCUCAGAAUUCUUAUCUCUUCUGUUUUCGAGGUUAGAAGAUAUACCAGGAACAUUAGAAUUGUUUAGAGGAGUUUCCACAUCCAAAUUUGUUACAAUGGAAGAAGAGUUUGUUGCGGAAAGGGAUGAAACAUUCGAAACAUUGAAUUUCGAUGUUAAUAACCACGCUAACAUCCAAGAAAGUAUAAGAACAUAUCUUCAACCAUCUUUGUUCACAGGUAAAGACAAAUACAUGUCUGAUCAAGGCAAAAUAGAUGCAAAAUGCUACCACUUCAUCAAGGAACAGCCAACUUAUCUCAUUGUUCAGCUGAAGAGAUUUGAAUACAAUGUCGAGAAGAUGACGAGAGAGAAGAUAAACUCGAGAUAUGAGUUCUCUGACUUUCUUGACAUCGGCCCAAUGACAAUUACAAAACAAAACUCAAUUUAUGACUUGAUUGGAAUUCAAGUCCAUAUGGGCACCACAGAGAGCGGACACUAUUUUUCCUAUGUCAAAAAAGAUAACAAAUGGUAUUCUUUAAACGACGAAAUUGUCAAAGAAUUCGAAGGAGACGUAUUUGAAGAAACAGCUGGUGGAAUAUCCUCAUUUGAGUUCUUUGAUGAGAGAACCCAGAGCUAUAGGAAAGGAUCAAUUCCCAAAUCCUCAAAUGCAUAUAUUUUGUGGUACAAGAAGUAUGAUGCUGUGCUUAAAAUCAAAAAAGAAUUCAACGAAGUACUUUUCGAAAAAUUAAGAAGAGAUAUGAACAGUUCUCUAGUAAGAGGAGUCUCCCAAUCAAUAGAAUUCUGCGAACUAGCUAAAACAGCAGCUAGGUACGAUACUGAUGGGGGAUUUCUUAUUAAUUACACGUUGAAUCUCAUUGAAGCCGGAAAGGAUAGCCAAGAUCUCCCAUUUAUUUGCAUGAAUUUGCUGAACAUUCAAUCAGUUGCUGACAAAGUCAUGGACAUGGAUCCUCUAAUACUUGUCAAUAUUAAUGCACAAUCCAGACAAUUUAUGAUAAAAAUUUUCGAAAAAGCAGCUUUAAUCUCAAGAGAAAAGGAAAAGAUGCGCCAUAAAAUAAUCUUAAUAUUACAAAAUCCAAACACUAUUUUAAGUAAUUCAAGCAUUUUCUCAGAAUUCUUUUAUUUGGUAAGGAAACUUUUAAACCCAGAGCUGCAAAAAACAGUAGACAAAUUCCUGGAAAAUGAUUUACCUAACUAUGCUUCAAAUACUAAGAAGUUUUACGAACUCAGUGAUCUUUCGAAUGUAAUUCCUUUGAUGAAAACAAUGCCUCCAGUUGAUACUUUGUUCAAAAUUAUGUGUAACUACAAAAAUAUACAGAGUUUAAUUGGUUUCUUACCUGCUAUACAAGCAAUGGAGAAUAUCAACUUAUCAUCAUAUGACAUGCAAAGUCUCACAGGGUUAUUCAUUUUGUACCAGUUAGAUUCUGAUGAUAGACAUGGUUUAUAUAACCAAUUAAUCAAAGUUUUGAAAGAGAAAAAUAAACUUUUUGCCCAGAAAUUGCUUGCUGCACUGAAUCUCAUCAAUAUUGAUAUCUCACCCACAUUUGAUUCGAUGACUUUGAUUGAGUUGCUUCUUGUUAACAAUUCAAGCCAAACGAGAGAUUUGGGUAGGCAAAUCAUCCUAAAAAUAUACGAUUUGAAGAAGGGGGAAGAGUCAAUUGUCAAACUCUUGACAUCAUUUGUCGAGACAAUUGGAAAAUGCGUGAAGCAAUCAAAAGGAGAAAGAUUGAUGGGAACAAUAUCAAAAGAAGGAGAAGUAGAAGAAAGUGCACCAGACUUUUUCAGUAUCUUCUCAAAGAUAGUUUUGGAUUCCAACAUGGUAAACUUUUUGAUUCCAAUUUCAUCAAUUAUUGUUGAAUCUGUUUACCUCUUAAGAGAUGCUCCGCAAUAUCCUAACAGAAGCCAAUUGGCUGGAAUUCAGCUUUUGCACGAUACAAUUUAUCCAUUGAUGAUUGACAGAUUCUUCUCAGAUGCAAGCUAUUCUAAGCUCAUUUCUUCUUUGAGCUGUUUCAACACUUUUAACAGGGAUGUGAAGACAUGGCUAAAGAUGGUUUUGGAUUUGACUCCAACAUCAGAAAUUAAGACAUUAUACAAAAGUAACUUAUUCCAAGAAGUCUGCGCAAGAUUUUUAACAAAAGAUGCUGCCGAAUUUAUCAUUAGUCAUCCAACAAAUCUAAAUAUCAUAUCGAGCAUCCUCUUUGACCAAAAUAGAUAUGAGGCCUAUAUCAAAGCAAAUAUUAAAUCUUUUAAUCAGGUUGUCAAUUACUUGUUAACUUUCGAUGUCAGCUCUUGUGAUAUAUUUGAGAAUUAUGGCACAUAUCAAAGGGCCUGGCAGCUUCUCUUAAAAGAAACAGAACAAAACAGAGUUUCUGUUAUGAAUCAUCUUGCGAAUUUCAACAAAACGUAUUUGAAAGCUCAUAAUGGGGAAACGAAGUUUAUUAUUGGAUUUCUAAACGAAAGAUUAAUUGCAAAGUAUAAUGAUGUCGGAUUUUCGAUCAAUAGCUUAUUCUCCUUGUAUUCGGACAAAGAUACAUUUGAAUACUUGGAAUCAUGGUACUUUUUAGCGGAAAGUUUUCUUUAUUCUGAUCAAAAUCAGAUGGAUAUUUUUGAAAGAUUAGUUUCUCAUCACACCCCUAUUUGCAACUGCCCUGCUGCUGCGUCGUUAAUCGUGACAUUUUGCACACUACAACAGUCCCAAGAAUACUCUCUUGCAAUACUGACACAAGAGUUGUCACGAGUAAAAGACCAUGACAUUCUUGACAUUUUAGUUAAUUACGCAAACCGCACAAUGUUUUGGAACACAGAUAAAGGUUUGAAUGUUUUAGGCAAUAUUUUAUCAUCAGUUUUCCCUUCCAAGAUAAUAAUGUCUGCUUAUUAUAUGAUGAAAGAGAGCUUAACAAUGCUACAACUAUCUAAUUUCAGAGAAAAUAUGAUUAGAUACGUUUUGUCUUCAUUGGAUGAAGAUUUUAUUGCUGAGACUGUUUUAGAAAUUAAUAAAAUUCCGGUUGAAACUACUAAAAGUGAAGAAAUUGAGAUUAGAGGAAAAGCUGCCCAACUGGAAAAAAAUGGAAUGCAAUCUGCUUCUUCAAUUAUUUUAUCUAUUAUUAAAUCAUAA